AGCCCACCAGUUGCUCCUCCAAGACCGACUCCCAUCGGCGAAUACGGUUGUCUUGGCGGCAGGUGUGGUGGUGGAGGUGGGUAUGCAGUUGCACCACCGCAACCAGCUGCACCGGUCAGCCCACCGGCCGCAGCAGCACCAGUUAGUCCACCACAGGGUGUAGCAGUCCCACCUAACACAGCCACAACGUCUCAGUCCACCACCACCACCUGGUGGCUAUGCUCAACCGGCUCCAUACAAGCGUCGUUUCCAUGCAAAGGCCAAAAUGCUACGAAAAGUGCGAAAGAUGCGACGGGCUGCGAAAGCUUAAUCGCAUUGCUAAUUGUUCUCAGUCGUCUCAGUUUCGAGUUUAACAGUAAUAAACUUCAUCAGCUAUGUGUUACUGCAUGCGGUCAGCUG